AUGCCCCAAAGAACAUUGGCUUCGAUCCCAGAAGCCAAGGAAGAGUACUUGGGCUCCUCAGUAAUUGAGAGAACCAGUCGCCUUGUGGGCCUUACUGACCUUGGUCCUGCCGACUUGUGUAAUAUUCACAAACAAGGUGUUAACCUGAAAAAGCCAGAGUUUGGCACUUACUUAUACUUCACAGGUGUGGACACUUCGAAUUCGGCGUCGAUCGCUGCUCACUUACAGGGUAUGGCUACGUUAAUGUCAUCAAAAGCUCAGUAUUGGUUUGGUGAGAAGAAACACUUCAGGGUGCCUGAAUUGACAUACUGCUCCUACAAUGCCUUCAGCAAAGUUGAUAUGAGAGUCACUGUCCACAUUCCAGGUAAGUUCCAGAGUUCGGUGGUGAACCAUGAGGGAAAACUUAUUCAUGAGAAGCUCACCGAGGCGGAAUUGGACAAGUUGUGGCUUGAGACCUUCGUGUGCUCUAUUGUGAGGUGUAUGCUUGACGGCGAUGAGGACGAAUCCAACAAGUUUGGCAGUUUGGUGGAAAUCCGCAGAGAAAACCCAUUUGAUCUUGGAGUUGUUUCGCAGGAGCUUUUGGCCAACUUUGUCUCUGCUUUCGAGAAGUUGUUCUGGGAAGGACCAAAGUUGGGCUGCGGUGUCGAUUUGCCUUCACCCACAUUGAUCUCCAACUACCUUGUUGACGGUUUCCUUAAGUGCAUAGAGUUGACACAGAGCUUCGACAUGGCUUUAGAUGUGUUGAAGAGAUUGGAGGAGAAAGAGCCUUCCGUAUCAACUUUGAUUGCUCAGGUGUUGCUUCUAAAAGACGAGGAAGUCAAAGCCAUUCAGGUGAUGAAUGAUGCGAUUCAAAGAGACGAGAGGGACUCAGAACUUCUCUUGUUGCAAGCUCAGUUCCUCAUGGAAAAGAAAAGAUACGACUUGGCCUUGCACUUGGCGAGACAGGCGGUGAAGUCGUCCCCUUCGGACUUCAAAGUGUGGGCAGUCCUUGUCAGAGUUUACACCAAGCUCAAUGACUUUGAGAAUGCUCUUUUGACUUUAAACUCGUGUCCUAUGAAUUCUCACAAGGAGAACUUCACACUCAAAAGAAUUGUGGCCUUGAGAGGGGCCGGCGAGGAGUUGCACUUGCCUUCUCCCGUUGAUGUGUUCUUGGAUGAGGUGUCUAACUUGCAGAGUACUUCUAUUGCCGCAGAACAGAGAAACCUUGACAACCAGCUUGCUCAUUUGCCAGCUGCCAACUUGAAGUCAACCUUCGCUAAGGCAUAUGAUCUUCUCACUGAGAUUGUUAUCAAAACCGGUUGGGAAGCUUUGUUGAAACACCGUGCCAAGGUUUUCGUGAUGGAGGAAGAGUACCGUAAAGACAAGUCCAGCGCAACUCACACUAGAACCACGUCCGAGGUCAAUGUUCCUGAGUCGACCGAGGAGGACGAGCCAUCGGGUGAGGCGAACGAUGAUUCGUCCACUGUGGCCGUCAAGCUGCCCAAGAAAGAAAUCAACGGCAGCACCGAUGACAGUGAAAUUGAAAAUGAAUUCAGAAAAAAGAGGCUUUGUGAAAGAUGGCUAGAUAACUUGUUCAUGCUCUUGUACGAGGACUUGAGAGCGUACACGAUGUGGCAAGCCGAAUACGUCCACUUCCAGGCCCAGCAAAUGGAAUACAAAAAAACAACAUUAGAAUGGGAAAUUUUGGGUCUGAUUGCCUUUAGACUCAAGCAUUUCAAAGAAGGAUCUAUUGCGUUUUCUAACGCUUUGGCGGGCCGCUUCUCGUCAAAGGCUCAGCGAGAGAUGUUGAGAUAUUACGAGAUGGAGAGAUCAAAAAUAAUCUCGAAGAACUCCAACACCGACGCUCCUGUCAGCAACGCCCAUAACUACUCAAAAACCAUUGUGCAGCUCAACGAGAAGAUCUUGGAGUGCUGUAUCAAGCUUUUGGUUUGGAACCACAGAUGGUAUAAUGACUUCUCGCCCGACUUGAUCUCGAUAAUAUGCGACUUGGUCGCUAAAGAAGGCUUGAUCAAGAUUCAGUCGCUCGUGCAAGCGGUGUACUCCAACAACAUCAACCACAGUGAAGGUUUGACCAACCACGGUAUCACUGACAUGAUGGAGGACAUUUACAAGUUCUGCAAAGAGUAUAAUGUCAGCGGCGCAGACAAUUAG